AUGGUUUGUGAAACUGUGCAAAAGGCACUGGCCAAGGCGGCCCAAAGGGCAGCUCGUAGGGCUGAGGCUGAUGCAGGUUUAGGAGGAGAGGAUGAUACCCCGAACUACCCCAACAAGAAGUUGAGUGAAGCCUUGGAGAAUGCAAAGGAAGCGUCAAGGACAGCUCUGUCCAAUCCUGCAACAACUGCAGCUCUGGAAGGUCGUGUUCAGGAGGCAAAGCUUGCCCGAGGAGCCAGUGCUACCAGUACUGCUUCUACGGUCCCGGCCAGUUCCAGGGCAGUGAAAAGAAGCAAAAGACCCAGUGGAGGUGGAGACUCUGAGGUAUCUCCAGCAAUCAAGACCCCUACUGCCAAGACUAGACGUGUCAACACUGAGACCCAAGGUGAAUCAGCCCCGAAACAGCCACGCUGUGUGAAGGAUGAGGAUACGAAGACCCGACGCCCACGGUCCCCCACGGUCCACUACAGCCCUGAUGGAAAACAACCUGAAGAACCUGAGGAACUUGAGGAACACGUGGAACCUGAGGAACCUGCUAAUGAGGAACCUGGGGAAGAGAUGCCUGAGAGACCUGCAGCAUCCAAGCAGUCAAAGUUGACUGCUGUGAAAGCUCAGGCCAAGAAGAAGCAGAACAAGAGCAAAGGAUCACCGGUUAAGCCUAAGACUAGUGCCCGCCCAACGCCCAAGGCUAAGUCUAGCGCUCAGAGUGCUCAGAGCCCCAAAGUUGAGACCCCUUCAGGAGAGACUGCCUUGGCUGUUCAGCAGGCUUUGGCUAGGGGGACUACUGCUGAUCUUGGGUCGUCCAAAAAGACCCGCACCACAGCCCAUGCCAGAUCCAAGUCGGCCUCAUCGUCUGAUGAUGAGGGCUCAGCAAGUGCAGCUGCUGCUGAAGGUCCUGACGAGAAUGACACUGAGCUGACGCUCGAGCAAGUGCGUGCCCAAAAGGCUGCACGCUCGGAGAAGCUCCAAGUCUUGUAUGAGCAGUGGAUCUCUUGCGAGGGCCACUGGACUGAGUCGAGCUUGUACAAGCAGCUGAGGGUGACGGUUCGCAACCGGAAGACUGGAGCCAGGAAGUGGUUGACAGAACUUUACCAAUACCUCGUAUGGGAUGUCGAUGCCGAGGAGGACGUCACUGACCAUGUCACCAAUGACUUUUUCGAAGCCAUUGACAAGGAAAAGAAGAAAAAAAAGAAGGGAAAGAAGGGCAAGAAGGAGUUGAAGAAGAGAAAGAGUUCGUCGUCAGAGGGCUCGGACUCGGACAAAAAGAAAAAUACGAAGAAGGCCAAGGACGACAAGGAGAAAAAGGAAACGCCUGAGCAGAAAGCGAAGCGUGAACAGAAGGAGCAAGAGGCAAAGGCGAAGGAA